GCACAUUUCUACAGCAAACCAACAUUUGCAACCGCCAAACACUACGUCCCCCCCCCUUCCCAAAAGUAGCUCUUUCUAUCCCACCCCACUCAAAAACCAAUCCCUAAUCUCUCUCUCUUCCCCCUCUGCAUCGAUCUCUUUCUCUACCUCUACCUGUGUAAUUAAUGGAUGCUGCUCAGUGGCCACAGGGAAUUGGAGUUGAAUGCUCAAGAAACUCAGAGAAGAAGCCAAGACCACAAAAGGAACAGCCUUUGAACUGCCCAAGAUGCAAAUCCACCAACACAAAGUUUUGCUAUUACAACAAUUACAGCCUCUCUCAACCUAGGUACUUUUGUAAGAGCUGCAGAAGGUAUUGGACUGAAGGUGGAACUCUCAGAAAUGUCCCAGUUGGUGGAAGCUCUAGAAAAAACAAAAGAUCUUCUUCAUCUUCUACAAAGAAAUUGACCCCACCACCUCAAAUUCAAAACCCUAAGCAAUCUUACAAUGAUCCGCCUCUCUACAGUGGAAUUUCUGAGCUAGUGGCUUUGCCAUUCACUCUCCACCCUCAAAACCCUAAUUUGCUGAGCUCAAUCAUCUCUGCUCCGGUUCACAAUUCCAACCCGGUGGUCUCCUCCGGUUUCCCUCUUGAAAACCGGUUUGGGAACUCACAGCAAGCGGUUCAAGGCGAUCCACCAAUCGUUUUCCCAUUUGAAGCGGUUGGAAAUCAAGAAAUUGAGCGUGAUUCGAACGGAUUCUGGACCGGGAUGUUCCCCGGCAGUUCAUGGUGAAACUACGUACGUAAUUAAUCAAUUAUAUAUUUUCUCUUAAUUAACAAUGUUUAGUCAAGAUAUAGUAAUGUUUACUAGUCUGUGUUGAUGGAUUUAAUUUGUUUUUGAUUGAUUUAAAUGGUGAUGACUGAUGAGUGGUGCGAUCAUUAUAGCUGAGAGUACAACUCAUGUUUUAUAUAUAUAUAUAUAUAUAUAUAUAUAUAUAGGUCGAUCGAUGCAUGUGUUGAUUCAUAUAUAUAUGUAUAUGGCCACUUGGUAUUGGGUAUUCUUGUGCUUUGUCAUGUCAAAAGGUGAAUGUCGCCACCCUUUUUCUGGUAUCGUUUAUCUUUGUUUUCUGUGCAUGUAUUGUUUAAUCUUUGCUACUUUCUCAUCAUCGAUCUCACUUUCCCCUAUUUAUGUAUACCAAUAAUAUAUCUACACUCCCUCCGUUCCAUAGUGGUGGAGAAGUUUCUUUUCGGCACGAGAUUUAAGAAAAAUUAUAUUAAGUGGGUUAGGUAAAGGAAGAAUAAAUUAGAAAAUGAAAAAGGUAGAGAGAUGAAGAUAGAAUAAAGUAAGGGAGAGUAAAGUAAGUAAGAAGAAAAUCCAAGCCUCCUAGCUCAACUGGUUCAGAAGGGAGACAAGGAUACCACCUCAUCCUAGAGGUCGUGUGUUCGACCCCUGGGAGGCGCAUCUUGGGGAUUAAUUUCCCUGGGGCCUAGUGGAUUCACAGGCCUGACUCCAGAGCUUCGGGAGGUGAUUAAGCCUGUACCCGUGCCUGGACCCAGGAGCUAGGGGAGGUGAAAAAUCCUGGACCCGUUCCUGCGAGGCUGGUGGAUCCAUUGGGUCCCACCUUGACAACGAAGCGCGUCUUGGUAAGACGCUUCACCUCCGACCGUUAGGCCGAGGGUCCGAGUCACUUCGGGGGUAGGUGGGGAACCACCAUCGAUCCUCCUUAAAAAAAAAGUAAGUGAGAAGAAAUGUGUUAGCUUUUACUAAAAAAGAAAAUGACUCCACUAUUAUGGAACGUACCAAAGUGGCAAAAUGACUCUACUAUUAUGGAACGGAGGGAGGGAGUACAUGUUUUAAGUUUCCAGUUGAUGCCAUGAUCAUAUAAUAAGAAAAUGCAUCUUUACCUUUUUAAUGUUUAUACUAAAACUGUUGUACAUACCAAGAACACAAUCAAUGCUAAUAUACAUAAACAAAUAUAUCUAAGAAUCUUCUAAUCUUAAUUUUGAUAGUUUAAUUUUGAAUUUCUUAUAUAUUUGAGGAGGGAGUUGAAGACUUCAAAUCCCUUGGUUAUGUGAAUAUAUGACCUCAUGAAGUACAUAGUAGUAUAUCAUUUGUGUUUAUAUGUAGAGGAAGGACACUAGAUAAAAAAUCUUUUUCUCCUAGAAUAUGUGUGAUACUAUAUGAUUUGUAUAUAAUGUUCAAUUGUCCAAUCCUUUUUGAUAAUCACAUAUCUAUAAUAUUAAUAGCAUGCAUACCUUUACAUCACAUGGUUGAUGGUAGAGCACUAGUGAUGGAACAAAGAAAGUUGUAAGAUUUGAGCGCUCUUAAAUGAGAGCCCCUCGAUCUACUGACACAAUAUAGUAAUACCUAUAUAUAUCUUGUGGAAUGUCACUUGCACUCUUUAUACUGUACAUCUUUAAUUAAUAAAGUAAUCUUUUUUUC